GUUCCUUACCUAUUUGUAGAUAGGCAUGGCAUGCUGCGCAAACGACUAAGCGACCAAUGGUCGAUAACUGCCGCUAGUAGAACCAUCAGUCUAAUCGUGACCGUCGAACCGUUUGGAAGGUAAAUAAACUCACUCUGAAGUGAUUGUUUCGUCGAACUUCAAUAUCUAGGCACACUCGAUUAAGAGGGUGUGCUGUCCGCGGUACGGGAUCAGUCAACUGACUUUCGCAUUUGCUUAUCAACCACCAGAAGACCGAAGAAAACAUCUCAGCAUGAGUUGUGCUAGUGUUUUGACCAGCAAGGAUCUGCCGGACAUCGAGAGCCUGCUGGCCCUCAACCCGCGCGUCAAGUCCCACGGCUCGCUGGUCCCGACCACCGUGACCAAGGUCAACAAGAAGCAUUGGAAACGCAACACCGACCGAUCAUGUACGAGCUGCACUCCGCUGACUAAUGAUUUCUCGGACAUCAAGCAUACGACCCUGUCGGAGCGGGCUGCUCUACGGGAAGCGGCCCGGUGCCUCAAGUGUGCCGACGCUCCCUGCCAAAAAUCCUGCCCGACUCAGCUGGACAUCAAGAGCUUCAUCACCAGCAUUGCCAACAAGAACUACUACGGUGCGGCGAAGGCCAUCUUCUCGGACAACCCGCUGGGGUUGACCUGCGGCAUGGUGUGCCCUACCUCGGACCUCUGCGUCGGUGGUUGCAACCUGCAAGCGGCCGAAGAAGGUGCCAUCAAUAUCGGAGGUCUGCAGCAGUUCGCCACCGAAGUGUUCAAGCGGAUGGGACUGCACCAGAUCGUGCCACCGAACGUGGCUCCGCUCAAGUUCCCGAAUAAGAAGGUAGCGCUCCUUGGAGGUGGACCUGCAUCGCUAUCCUGCGCCACUUUUCUGGGUCGUCUCGGAUACAAGGACAUCACCAUCUACGAGCGUCGCAGCUACCUCGGAGGCCUCAGCUCUGCCGAAAUCCCUCAAUACCGUCUUCCAAUCGACGUUGUCGACUUUGAGAUCCAACUCGUGAAAGACUUGGGUGUCAGGAUCGAGACCGGGCGCUCCCUGUCCACCAAAGACCUGACUGUGCAAGGUCUGCUUGACUCCGGAAACGAUGCCGUUUUCCUCGGAAUCGGACUUCCGCAACCCAAGAUCGACAAGAUAUUCGAAGGGCUCACUACCGAACAAGGCUUCUAUACGUCCAAAAACUUCCUGCCGCAGGUGUCCGACGGAAGCAAACCAGGCCUCUGCCCAUGCAAAGCAACAGCUGCCCAAAGCCUACCGGCCCUUUCCGGAAACGUGAUCGUUUUGGGUGCGGGCGAUACCGCAUUCGAUUGCGCAACUUCAGCACUACGCUGUGGUGCCCGCCGAGUGUUCGUCUGUUUCCGCAGAGGUAACAACAACAUCCGCGCUGUACCGGAAGAGGUUGAAUUGGCCCGCGAAGAACGCUGCGAGUUCAUCCCGUUCAUGGCCCCGAAGGAGGUGAUCAUGAAGGAUGGAAAGAUUGCUGCCCUGGAAUUCUUCCGGACCGAGCAGGACGAUCAAGGCAACUGGAUUCAGGAUCCGGAUCAGAUUACACGUUUGAAGGCCAACUUCGUCAUCUCGGCUUUCGGAUCCGGAUUGAGUGAUAAAGAAACGAUCGAGGCUUUGAACCCAGUUCCCCUGAACCGCUGGAACCUGCCUGAGGUGGACUCCAAAACCCAGCAAACUCUAGUCCCCGCCGUAUUCUGCGGAGGAGAUCUUGCCGGCGCUGCGGAAACCACCGUAGAAUCUGUCAACGAUGGUAAAACAGCCGCCUGGUACAUCCAUUGCUAUCUGCAGGGUAUCCCUUUCGAUACUACUCCAAAGCUUCCAUUGUUCUACACUGAAAUCGACAAUGUCGACCUUUCGGUUGAGGUAUGCGGCGUCAAGUUCGAGAAUCCGUUCGGUCUGGCUUCGGCUCCACCGACCACUGCUACUGCUAUGAUCCGCCGCGCAUUUGAACAAGGCUGGGGCUUCGCUGUUACGAAGACAUUUGCUCUGGAUAAGGAUAUGGUAACCAACGUAAGUCCACGUAUUGUACGCGGUGUCACCUCGGGACACACCUUCGGUCCGCAGCAGGGUGCCUUCCUGAACAUCGAACUGAUUUCGGAAAAAUGUGCAGAAUAUUGGCUGACGGGCAUCGCCGAACUUAAACGUGACUUCCCGACUAAGGUGGUUAUCGCCAGUAUCAUGUGCACGUACAACGAAGAAGACUGGACCGAACUGGCCAAGCGUGCGGAAGCUGCCGGAGCAGAUAUGCUCGAGUUGAAUCUGUCCUGUCCUCACGGUAUGGGUGAAUCCGGUAUGGGUCUUGCCUGCGGUCAAGAUCCCAAACUGGUCUACAAUAUCUCACUGUGGGUUCGCGCGGCUGUCAAAAUCCCAUUCUUCGUCAAACUAACGCCUAACAUUACGGAUAUCGUGGCCAUCGCUCAAGCUGCUCAGAGAGGCAAAGCGGAUGGUGUUUCGGCUAUCAACACCGUACAGGGAUUGAUGUCCAUCAAAGCCGACACUACUCCCUGGCCUGCGGUUGGCGUUGAUAAGAGAACCACUUAUGGAGGUGUCUCCGGAAACGCUACCCGACCACAAGCUCUUCGGGCAAUCUCCCUGAUCGGCAACAAAAUGCCAGGUUUCCCGAUCUGCGGCAUCGGUGGCAUUGACUCGGCCGACGUAGCCCUUCAGUUCAUUCAGUGCGGCGCUCCCAUCCUACAGAUCUGUUCCUCGAUCCAAAACCAGGACUUCACCGUCGUAGAAGACUACAUCCUAGGUCUGAAGGCUCUUCUCUACCUGAAGGCCAACCACCCACCAGAGAGCCUGCCAUGGGACGGACAAUCGCCUCCACUGCAGAAGCUUCAAAAGGGUAAACCCGUUGCUCCCUUGAAAGACGACGAUGGUAAGCCGCUGCUACACUUUGGCGAAUACAAGAAGAAGCGUGAGGAGAAGCUGGCGCAGAUGCGGCUGGAGAAGGGCGCAUUGUGGGAUCCUUGCGCCGAAGAAAUGGAAACUGUCAAGAAUGGAGACGCUUCGAAGCAGACGAAUCCUGCGCUGAAGAUCAAGGAUGUCCUGGGAGCCGCACUACCGAAGAUUGGCUCGUACAAGAGUUUGGACAACAAAAAGCAAGUGGUUGCGUUGAUCGAUGAUGAUCUCUGCAUCAACUGUGGCAAGUGUUACAUGACCUGCGCAGAUUCCGGCUACCAAGCAAUCCAAUUCGAUUCGGUUACGCAUCUGCCGCAUGUGACAGACGACUGCACCGGGUGCAACUUGUGCCUCUCCGUUUGUCCCAUCAUCGAUUGUAUCAGCAUGGUUCCGAAGAAAAUCCCUCACGUGAUCAAGCGAGGACAGAUUAAGAACGUAUCGGUACAUGCUCUGUCACCAUCUCAGUGAUCACCAUCGGUAGCGAGAUUCCCCAGCAACAGUUUCAACAUUCCAGAAAACUUUGUUCAGAUAAACAUUUUUCAUAGCACAAGCGUCCAGAAAAUCAAAUUUUUGAAUUUUGUAUCCAAUAAAAAAAAAUUGCAUGCCGAU